AUGGGACUGGAGGCGGCAACUGUUGAAGGGGUAGAAGCACUGGAAUUUCAGCAUCUAACAUCGAUGCUAGCGGGCACAUCGGCUGGGGUCGGUCGAGACAGAUGGCAGUGGAAAUUGGAUCCGUCCCUUCUUUUCUCCGUUGCUAGCGUAAAACAGACUCUUCAAUGCCAUAAUAGGCCAGAUCCAAACUACGUCGUGGAAUGGAAUAAUUGGAUACCAAAGAAGGUGGGUGUAGUCGUUUGGAGAGCGGAAAAGGAAAGGCUUCCAACUAGGGCUGCGUUAGCUAAGCGAGGCAUUACGAUCCAGUCAUUGGAAUGUAUCAUUUGCAGCGAAUAUCCAGAAACAAGUGAUCACCUGUUAGUUUCGUGUGAAUACGCCCAAAUCGUCUGGCAGAUCAUGUUUCAAUGGUGCAAGUCCAAUCCUAUUAUAGCCUUCAGCCUAAAGGAUAUACUCGAAUCCUUUAAACAGCUUAGUGGAUCAAGGAAAAAAAGAAAAGCCUUUCAUGCAAUUUGUCAAGUUACCAUUUGGAGCCUCUGGAAUAUGAGGAAUGAAUUCAUGGUUGCAGGGAAAACAACACCAAUAAACAACCUGGUUGAGGAGAUCAAGAGUAAAAGCUUCCUUUGGUAA